UCCUUAUGUCAUCUCUCCCCAUCUUGGCAGGUUUAAUGAGACUUUCAACUUCUUAUUCUGGACCAUGUUCGGUGUGGCCAACCAGGACUUUGUGGACAUGCCGCAGUUUGUGUUGGCAGAGUUUGUGGGGAGGAUUUUAUACGGCAUCUUCACUCUCGUCAUCGUCAUCGUCCUCCUCAACAUGCUCAUUGCUAUGAUUACAAACUCGUUUCAGAAAAUUGAGGAUGAUGCAGACGUUGAGUGGAAGUUCGCCAGAUCAAAGCUGUAUCUCAGUUACUUCAGGGAGGGCCUCACCAUGCCAGUGCCCUUCAACAUCAUUCCUUCACCCAAAGCUGUGUUCUACAUACUAAGGUAAUUAAAAGUGGCCAAAUGUGGACACCAAGUGUACUAAUUGCAAUUUCUAAAAAUAUAUCUUUUUAUAAUUUCAAGAGAUUCUCAUUAUUUUUUUUAUUUUUUUUUAUCCAAGAUUUUUUUUUUUUAGCAUUUCCUACUAAAGUGCCU